AUGGGUCUAUACACUAGGCUCCCAGAUGAGAUCAACGAGGUUGAUGUGAUCAUCGCAGGAGGAGGCAGCGCUGGUUGCAUCAUCGCCGGGAGACUCGCAGAAGCCGACCCAGACUUAUCUAUCCUACUCAUUGAAAGUGGUCCGAACAAUUAUGAGGACCCAGCCAUCGUCAUUCCGGCCUUUUUUGGCUAUCUCACAUGGACCCCAGGGACAAGCAAGCUUGCAGAGAGGGAGCUACUUGUGCCUACCUCGCGCGUCCUCGGUGGCGGAUCAUCCAUCAAUACUUUGAUCUACAGUAGACCGCAGAGGUCGGAGAUUGAUGCCUGGAAAACGCCUGGUUGGUCGGCGGACGAAGUGUUGACCUACAUGAACGAGCUCGAAUCGUUCCACGGCCCUGGAUCACAAGACUGCCAUGGACACGACGGUCCCAUCAGCAUCACGUCUGGGUACCGCUCUCAGAGACUCGCCGACGAUUUCAUCAAGGCCGUCAACAAUGCUGGCUGGCCAGAGCUCGAGGAUAUCAACAACCUCGACACCGUCAACGGCGUUCAGAGAAUGAUGCGAUAUGCCAAGUCUGAUGGCAAGCGAGCAGACGUUGCCCACGCGUAUCUGCAUCCCAAGCUUCAGGGCGGCAAAUACCCCAAACUCCACGUUCUCGUCGAAACCGAUGUCGAACGCGUCUUGUUCGACGGCAACAGCAACGAGAGAGCGGUGGGGGUGGCCUUCCGCCCCUGCACGACCUUCCAGCCUGGCAGGGAGAGUGAUCCGGUCAGGGCUGUGUCUGCAAGGAGGCUAGUGGUCAUCUCGGGAGGGGCACUCGGCUCUCCACAGAUCCUGGAGAGGUCAGGAAUAGGCCACCCUGAGGUCUUGGGAAAGGCCGGGGUCCCGGUCACUGCCUCGGUGCCCGGGGUGGGAGAGAGCUACCAGGACCACCAGAUCAUGACCUAUCCUUACAAGACUACCACUGGGCCGGAUGAGACAAUGGACAACGUCCUCGGCCGCCUCAUGACGGGUACUCUAGACCUUGAGGGCAUGUUGGAAAGGGGUGACCCGCUGCUGGGUUGGAAUGCCGUGGACAUGCAGUGCAAACUUCGACCCAGUGAUGCCGAUGUUGCAGGUCUAGGCCCCGAGUUCCAAGCAGCCUGGGAAAAGGAGUUCAAAAACCAUCCCGACAAGCCCAUGACAAUUAUGUCGGGCGUGAGCUCUUUCCCGGGCGAUCCUUCUCCCGUGCCGGCAGGGCAGUACAUGGGCAUCGCGACUUUUACCCUCCACCCGUUCUCCCGUGGUCGCUUCCACAUCUCAGGCCCCAGCAUCGAGGACGAGCCCGUGCUGGACACUUGGUUCUGGGCAGAAAACGACUUGGACCUGAAGCAGCACAUGUGGAUGUACAAGACAUCGCGAGAGAUCGUCCGGCGCAUGGAGACUUUCGACGGCGAGGUAGCCGGCGGUCACCCUGCGUUCCCGAGCCGGUCGAAGGCGUCCGUGGUCGACUCCAAGAUCGCAGACGUUCAGGAUAUCGAAUAUACACCUGAGGAUGACAAGGCGAUUGAGGCUUAG